AUGCUUCCUCUACGGCUCCUCCCCGAGGAUAUGGUGAUCGACGCCACCAAGCUGGUUCAGCUGUGGGUUGCAGAGGGAUUCAUCGCGCAGGCAGCGGGGUUCACCCGGGAAGAAACCGCGGAGCAACACCUCGAGAAGCUGGCAAACAGGUCCAUUCUUCAGGUGGUGAUCAGAGAUCCCAUGGGGCGGGUCGACAAAUGUAGGAUCUACGAUCUUCUCCUCGACCUAGCGAAGCAUGAAGGAAGGAAGAAUCAGUUCCUCGACGUCCACGGGGAUCCCACCUCCACGCACGCCGUGAGGUCACGCAGGCUCGCCGUCCACGAGGAUGCGAGCGUCUGCUUCUCAAGCUCGAGCUGCUUAGCUCCGAACCUGCGAUCUCUUCUCUUCUUCAACCUGGACGGCCAGUGGUUUGGUGAUUCCUUGCUCAACCUGUGCUCUCUGAAGCUUCUCAGGGUGAUCGACAUCGAAGGCGCGCCAAUCGACAUGGUCCCGAAGGAGAUCGGGGGCAUGGUCCGUCUGACCUACUUGGGCCUCAGGAACACCAGGCUUGCCAGCCUCCCGUCCUCCAUUGAGAACCUCGGCAGGCUGCAGACGCUCGAUAUCAGGGUUGUUUUUGAAAUCACGCUCCCGCAGGGUGUCUGGAGGAUUAGAACUCUGAGGCACCUUCAAGCUCAUCGUGCCCAGCCGCAGGCCUCUUCCUGCGGAACCCUAACGGAGCUGCAGACGCUUCAAUAUGCCGUUGCCGGCGAGUGGGUGCAGGCGGGCCUGAGAAAGCUCUCCAGUCUCCGGAAGCUGACGAUCGUGGGCGUAUCAGCUCAUGUCAAGCCGCUCUCGGAGGCCAUUCAGAGGCUGAAGCGCCUCAACUUCUUCGAACUGAAAGGGAGCUCCGUCCCCAACGUGCUGGGCCUGGACCUGACGGGCCACGCAGGGCUUCACGAGCUGAUCUUGGAUGGGACGACAAGGAAGGUCGUCGGACUGGCGCCGGGAAACCUUCCGCAGAACGUCACCGCGAUCAACCUGAAAGGUUGGCGACUGGAGCAGGACCCGCUGGCUCAGCUGGGGGCGUUGCCCUACCUCGGGGAUCUGAUUCUGUCCAGUGGCGUGUUCCUAGGAGAUGAGAUGGUCUGCCCGGCAGCCGGGUUCCCCCGGCUACGGGAGCUCAUUAUCUAUAACUUGGCGGGGCUCCGGCGACUGCGGCUGUCGGAGGGGGCCAUGGGAUCCCUCGUCAGCUUCACCGUCGGCAGGUGCCCCCGCCUGGAAUCCCUGCCGGAGGGGAUGGAGGGCAUGCGGUCCCUCGAAGGGCUAAGUCUGGAGUACAUGCCCGAGGCAUUUGUAGAAAAGGGCAGAGGAUGGAGCUGA